GCCAUGUUUGCGAGCUACGUCCCUGAAAUCAUAGAGUUAAUAGGAAACCGCAAGAAAUAUGGUGGUUCCUAUAGUGCGGUUAAUGGGAGAAAGUAAGUAUUACUGGGAGGCUCUACUGCCUCUGCCGCAGUAGAACCAUCCUCUGCAUGCCCUUUUCUUUCUCUGUUUCAUGCAUGUAGGCCAUGUUUGCUCGCUACGUGCCAGAAAUUGCUGCUCUCAUCCUUAAUCGGAAGAAAUACGGAGGGAGUUAUAACUCGACCCGAGGCAGAAAGUAAGUCAAACAAAUAUACAAAAGAAAAAAUUAUUCUAAAAGGUGUGGUUUUGGUGUGACUUCUCAAGUCCCCCUCUCCUAAAGAGGGGUACAAGUAAUUAUCCUGAAAUGGUUGAUAUUAAAACGUUUAGAAAUUUUGGGGAAUAAAGUCUGGUGACUGGAGAGCUUGGCCAUGAAAGCUUACGCAAUUGCUUUAUACCGGUAUUUGUGUGCUAGCUGUCAUUGCUUGUUAUAAUGAGUAAAUGUUUUUUUGUGAUGUGUCAAAGCAUUAUUUGCUACAGUGGGGAGAACAAGUAUUUGAUACACUGCCGAUUUUGCAGGUUUUCCUACUUACAAAGCAUGUAGAGGUCUGUAAUUUUUAUCAUAGGUACAAUUCAACUGUCAAGUCAAAUGUAAGCAUGCAAAAAAAAUCCAGAAAAUCACAUUGUAUGAUUUUUAAUUAAUAAUUUGCAUUUUAUUGCAUGACAUAAGUAUUUGAUACAUCAGAAAAGCAGAACUUAAUAUUUGGUACAGAAACCUUUGUUUGCAAUUACAGAGAUCAUACGUUUCCUGUAGGUCUUGACCAGGUUUGCACACACUGCAGCAGGGAUUUUGGCCCACUCCUCCAUACAGACCUUCUCCAGAUCCUUCAGGUUUCGGGGCUGUCGCUGGGCAAUACGGACUUUCAGCUCCCUCCAAAGAUUUUCUAUUCGGUUCAGGUCUGGAGACUGGCUAGGCCACUCCAGGACCUUGAAAUGCUUCUUACGGAGCCACUCCUUAGUUGCCCUGGCUGUGUGUUUCGGGUCGUUGUCAUGCUGGAAGACCCAGCCAUGACCCAUCUUCAAUGCUCUUACUGAGGGAAGGAGGUUGUUGGCCAAGAUCUCGCGAUACAUGGCCCCAUCCAUCCUCCCCUCAAUAUGGUGCAGUCGUCCUGUCCCCUUUGCAGAAAAGCAUCCCCAAAGAAUGAUGUUUCCACCUCCAUGCUUCACGGUUGGGAUGGUGUUCUUGGGGUUGUACUCAUCCUUCUUCUUCCUCCAAACACGGCGAGUGGAGUUUAGACCAAAAAGCUAUAUUUUUGUCUCAUCAGACCACAUGACCUUCUCCCAUUCCUCCUCUGGAUCAUCCAGAUGGUCAUUGGCAAACUUCAGACGGGCCUGGACAUGCGCUGGCUUGAGCAGGGGGACCUUGCGUGCGCUGCAGGAUUUUAAUCCAUGACGGCGUAGUGUGUUACUAAUGGUUUUCUUUGAGACUGUGGUCCCAGCUCUCUUCAGGUCAUUGACCAGGUCCUGCCGUGUAGUUCUGGGCUGAUCCCUCACCUUCCUCAUGAUCAUUGAUGCCCCACGAGGUGAGAUCUUGCAUGGAGCCCCAGACCGAGGGUGAUUGACCGUCAUCUUGUACUUCUUCCAUUUUCUAAGAAUUGCGCCAACAGUUGUUGCCUUCUCACCAAGCUGCUUGCCUAUUGUCCUGUAGCCCAUCCCAGCCUUGUGCAGGUCUACAAUUUUAUCCCUGAUGUCCUUACACAGCUUUCUGGUCUUGGCCAUUGUGGAGAGGUUGGAGUCUGUUUGAUUGAGUGUGUGGACAGGUGUCUUUUAUACAGGUAACGAGUUCAAACAGGUGCAGUUAAUACAGGUAAUGAGUGUAGAACAGGAGGGCUUCUUAAAGAAAAACUAACAGGUCUGUGAGAGCCGGAAUUCUUACUGGUUGGUAGGUGAUCAAAUACUUAUGUCAUGCAAUAAAAUGCAAAUUAAUUACUUAAAAAUCAUACAAUGUGAUUUUCUGGAUUUUUGUUUUAGAUUCCGUCUCUCACAGUUGAAGUGUACCUAUGAUAAAAAUUACAGACCUCUACAUGCUUUGUAAGUAGGAAAACCUGCAAAAUCGGCAGUGUAUCAAAUACUUGUUCUCCCCACUGUAUAUGCUUGAGUGUUUUACUUGUUUAUUUACUAGAACGCUUACAUGUUUGUGUCUGUUUUGUGUUUGCCAAUCAUAUGCAUCUUGCCACCCACCACAAUGCAAAGAUUAGCAUUUUUUUUCAGUAAAGUUACAGUAAAGUUAGGCUUGAUUGCAGCUAUAGCUGUAGUACCUUUAUAAUAUUUCAAUAUUCAUUUUUGAACAUUAUGUCCUAUAUCUUGGUGACAGAGAUGAUGUCAUAAAUAAUACUGCACAAUAGCGAAAGAGUGUCCUAAGAAACAGACUUACAAGAAGGGACUACCUACAGUUAAAUAAUCAGCUAGUCUAAAUAUAAUUGUCUUCCAGAUGAUUUGAAAUGCGGUUGGAUACCUACCUUUUACAUCUGCUUAGUCCACACAUGCUCUUCAAUGUUCCUCGCUUGCUUUUAGUUAUUUUUUAGCCUUUUAUAUUUCGCCUUUAAUUUCCUGUUUUUUUCCCUUCUGGAUUCUAUAAUUUUUUGUCUGGUACCACCAGUUCAUUUUAUUUUCCAAGCCCUGCUACAUUCCUGGCCUUAAUCUUCAGUCAGACCUACACCCGAAGGGCCAAACACUACCUUGAGAUGUGUGCGCAUAACUCCGAUUUCCACGCAAAUUUCCCAUUGACAUCAAUAAAUGCAUGGAUCACACAGAAAUUCAAGUUUCUCAAGGUACAUUAGGAUUCUGCCCUAAAUCCCUGGAUGCCUCCACCCUCUGAACAUACUUAGAUUUCUUUUGGCUCGCUUUUAGAAUUUUGUGUUGUUUUCUUUGUUGUGUAGAAUUUUUGGACUUGGUUUUAGUCCAGUCUCUUUAACUCUGUUUUGGCCAUUUAAACCGUCCUUUCUUCUGCAUGCUGAUGUAUCUGUAUUGCUGUUUCAAGUAAUUCAUAUUCUUAUGUCUCAGUUAUGCUGUCAAUACCUUUUUAAUACCUUUUCAUAUACAAAUAUAAAUAUAGCAUCUCUGUAAUAUUUAUGUAAUAAAAGCCCCAAUUAUAUAAAGUAAAUAAGAUACAAUAAAUAAGAAAUGUAAUAAGUGUGAAUUGGAAAUUCAUUUUUUGUAUAUCCCACUUCCACAGAGUGGGUUUUCCUUGGAGCAAUUAGGGAUAAGUGCCUUGCUCAAGGGCACUUUGACAGAUUUUUCACCUAGUCGGCUCAGGGAAUUGAACCAAUGACCUUUCGGUUACUGGCCCAACACUCCUAACCGCUAGGCUACCUGCCACCCUUAACCCUAAUAAGAUACAAUAUUAAAGAGAUAUUUCAAAACAAUGUACAGUAUGUGAGUUGUCAGUAUGUACAGUAUCUCACAAAAGUGAGUACACCCCUCACAUUUUUGUAAAUAUGAGUAUAUCUUUUCAUGUGACAACACUGAAGAAAUGACACUUUGCUACAAUGUAAAGUAGUGAGCGUACAGCUUGUAUAACAGUGUAAAUUUGCUGUCCCCUCAAAAUAACACAACACACAGCCAUUAAUGUCUAAACCGCUGGCAACAAAAGUGAGUACACCCCUAAGUGAACAUGUCUAAAUUGGGGCAAAAGUGUCAAUAUUUUGUGUGGCCACCAUCAUUUUCCAGCUCUGCCUUAACCCUCUUGGGCAUGGAGUUCACCAGGGCUUCACAGGUUGCCACUGGAGUCCUCUUCCACUCCUCCAUGACGACAUCACGGAGCUGGUGGAUGUUAGAGACCUUGCACUCCUCCACCUUCCGUUUGAGGAUGCCCCACAGAUGCUCAAUAGGGUUUAGGUCUGGAGACAUGCUUGGCCAGUCCAUCACCUUUACCCUCAGCUUCUUUAGCAAGGCAGUGGUCGUCUUACAGGUGUGUUUGGGGUCGUUAUUAUGUUGGAAUACUGCCCUGUGGCCCAGUCUCCGAAGGGAGGGGAUCAUGCUCUGCUUCAGUAUGUCACAGUACAUGUUGGCAUUCAUGGUUCCCUCAAUGAACUGUAGCUCCCCAGUGCCGGCAGCACUCAUGCAGCCCCAGACCAUGACAUUUCCACCACCAUGCUUGACUGUAGGCAAGACACACUUGUCUUUGUACUCCUCACCUGGUUGCCGCCACACACGCUUGACACCAUUUGAACCAAAUAAGUUUAUCUUGGUCUCAUCAGACCACAGGACAUGGUUCCAGUAAUCCAUGUCCUUAGUCUGCUUGUCUUCAGCAAACUGUUUGCGGGCUUUCUUGUGCAUCAUCUUUAGAAGAGGCUUCCUUCUGGGACGACAGCCAUGCAGACCAAUUUGAUGCAGUGUGCGGCGUAUGGUCUGAGCACUGACAGGCUGACCCCCCACCCCUUCAACCUCUGCAGCAAUGCUGGCAGCACUCAUACGUCUAUUUCCCAAAGACAACCUCUGGAUAUGACGCUGAGCACGUGCACUCAACUUCUUUGGUCGACCAUGGCGAGGCCUGUUCUGAGUGGAACCUGUCCUGUUAAACCGCUGUAUGGUCUUGGCCACCAUGCUGCAGCUCAGUUUCAGGGUCUUGGCAAUCUUCUUAUAGCCCAGGCCAUCUUUAUGUAGAGCAACAAUUCUUUUUUUCAGAUCCUCAGAGAGUUCUUUGCCAUGAGGUGCCAUGUUGAACUUCCAGUGACCAGUAUGAGGGAGUGUGAGAGCGAUGACACCAAAUUUAACACACCUGAUCCCCAUUCACACCUGAGACCUUGUAACACUAACAAGUCACAUGACACCGGGGAGGGAAAAUGGCUAAUUGGGCCCAAUUUGGACAUUUUCACUUAGGGGUGUACUCACAUUUGUUGCCAGCGGUUUAGACAUUAAUGGCUGUGUGUUGAGUUAUUUUGAGGGGACAGCAAAUUUACACUGUUAUACAAGCUGUACACUCACUACUUUACAUUGUAGCAAAGUGUCAUUUCGUCAGUGUUGUCACAUGAAAAGAUAUACUCAUAUUUACAAAAAUGUGAGGUACUGUAUAUUUUUGGGAGAUACUGUAUAUAUUACUUGUAACAUCUACAAAAUCAAACCAAUAGGUUUGGAAAAUGCCCUUCUUGACCACAUCCUGAGUUUAUCUCACGAUGAGGCGUUAUCUCACAAUCCUGCAUGUACUAUCCUGGAGCAGGGAUACAGUCUGACGGAAACCUACCCUCACGUGGAGGCAAGAUGUCUCUAGCUAAAGAUAAGCUCUUUUCUGGAUUGUACAAUGUAGGAAUCACAUCAUAAUCUCCAACAAAGGAAACUCUUAUCCUUUUUAAUCCGUUACUGGGAAUCCAGAACAUGCUCUGCUCUGUGAUCUCUCGUGUCCUUCAGGCCCCACACAGGGCUGACUGUAUAGGCUAAAGAGCUCUGUCCUACAUGCCCCACACAGGGCUGACUGUAUAGGCUAAAGAGCUCUGUCCUACAGGCCCCACACAGGGCUGACUGUAUAGGCUAAAGAGCUCUGUCCUUCAGGCCCCACACAGGGCUGACUGUAUAGGCUAAAGAGCUCUGUCCUUCAGGCCCCACACAGGGCUGACUGUAUAGGCUAAAGAGCUCUGUCCUUCAGGCCCCACACAGGGCUGACUGUAUAGGCUAAAGAGCUCUGUCCUACAGGCCCCACACAGGGCUGACUGUAUAGGCUAAAGAGCUCUGUCCUUCAGGCCCCACACAGGGCUGACUGUAUAGGCUAAAGAGCUCUUAGUACUGACACCUGUUCAAAUCAAAUUUUAUUUGCCACAUGCGCCGGAAACAACAGUGAAAUGCUUACUUACAAGCCCUUAACCAACAAUGCAGUUUUAAGAAAAAUAAGUGUUAAGUAAAAAAUAGAUACGUUAAAAAUAACAAAUAAAAAUGGACUCCUGUUCAUCACAGAACAUGUACAAACAAGGGAGAAUUAUGUAUUUUGGGGGUUAUUAAACAGUGGGCUGGCAGUGUACAUUUUCUACACAGAAACCACAUUUUUUAGGUCCUUUUUUAAAUUGACUAUACUGUGGUGUGGACACUUUUUUUGUCAGAUCCAACGUAUAAUUUCAUUUUAUUUUCAGAAUCAAGAAAGAACGUGACACUGACAUCAAUCAGCAGUUCAUCAGCGUCUUUAUUUUGGCUGCAGCUUUUAGCAAACCAUAGCUUAAAUCUUAUGACUAUUCCUGGAUCUUAUUUCCUAUAGGCACAUCGUGGUCUGUGGUCAUAUAACACUUGAAAGUGUGUCCAACUUCCUUAAAGACUUCCUACACAAGGACAGGGAUGAUGUCAAUGUAGAAAUUGUUUUUCUCCAUAAGUAAGUGUACCAAGUUCUUUCCUUACACUUUACGGGCCAGUUUCCCGGACCCAGAUUAAGCCUAGUCCUGGAAUAAAAACCAUACUCAAUGGGACAUUGAAAGUCUAUUGAAAGUGUGUUUAAUUACAGGACUAUGUUUAAUCUGGAUCUGGGAAAAUGGCCCCAAAACUCAUAACAAUACUGAGUGUUUCAGAGAAGGAAAGGUGAUAGCAGCUCCCAAAAAUGACUCCAACAACCUUUCGGGAACUGCCACCACCUUUCCUUUUUUUGGAAUACUCAGACUCUACAAUGACUAUAUCCUAAUAAGCACCCAGAUCCAUGGAAACUGUUGGUAGCACCGGCCCUGCCGGGUACACCAACAUACCACCUAUAGCAAUACAUUAGAAUAAAUUACAUUUCAAAUACUACACAAUAAAUUGCACUUUGACUUGCUGAGGGAGGAGACCUCACUCAGACUCCUAACAUGAACACAUAGAUCGCUCUCCUGUCUGUCCCAGUACUAAACCGAAUCUUGAGGUGGAGUGGAGUGGAGGCCUUGGUUAACAUUAACAAACUUUACUUUGUGUCCCAGUAUUUCCCCUAAUCUUGAGCUGGAAGCCUUGUUUAAACGCCACUUCACCCAGGUGGAGUUCUACCAGGGAUCUGUUCUCAACCCACAUGACCUGGCCAGAGUCAAGGUAACCGGCCUGUUUUAAUGAGUAUUAACCUGACUUAUUCCUUUCAGCUACUAAUGGAGACCUUGACUUGACCUUGAGGGCCUUGACAGUCCAACUCUUCAAGAAGUAUACCAGGUCCUUGGUACAUUUGGUCACACUUUACAAUAUGGCUACCUUUUCUAAAGCGUUUACAAGGGUUUAUAUAUAUAUAUAUAUAUAUAUAUAUAUAUAUAUAUAUAUAUAUAUAUAUAUAUAUACACAGUACGUCAAAAGUUUGGACACACCUACUCAUUCCAGGGUUUUUCUUAAUUUUUAAUAUUUUUUACAUUGUAUAAUAAUAGUGAAGACAUCAAAACUAUGAAAUAACAUAUGGAAUCAUGUAGUAACCAAAAAAGUGUUAAACAAAUCAAAAUAUUUUAUAUUGGAGAUUCUUCAAAGUAGCCACUCUUUGCCUUGACAGCUUUGCACACUCUUGGCAUUCUCUCAACCAGCUUGAGGAAUGCUUUUCCAACAGUCUUGAAGGAGUUCCCACAUAUGCUGAGCACUUGUUGGCUGCUUUUCCUUCACUCUGUGAAAUGGAAAUGUCUAGGAGCAACAAUAAAAAUCAUCUGUCCUUGGUUGCAAAACUCACUACCGAGUUCCAAACUUCCUCUCGAAGCAACGUCAGCACAAAAGCUGUUUGUCGGGAGCUUCAUGAAAUGGGUUUCCAUGGCCUAGAAGCUGCACACAAGCCUAAGAUCACCAUGUGCAAUGCCAAGCGUUGGCUGGAGUGGUGCAAAACUCACCGCCAUUGGACUCUGGAGCAGUGGAAAUGCGUUCUCUGGAGUGAUGAAUCAUGCUUCACCUGGCAGUCCAAUGGACGAAUCUGGGUUUGGCAGAUGCCAGGGAAACGCUACCUGCUCCAAUUUAUAGUGCCAACUGUAAAGUUUGGUGGAGGAGGAAUAAUGGUCUGGGGCUGUUUUUCAUGGUUCGGGCUAGGCCCCUUAGUUCCAGUAAAGGUACAUCUUAACGCUACAGUAUACAAUGACAUUCUAGAUGAUUCUGUGCUUCCAACUUUGUGGCAACAAUUUGGGGUAGGCCCUUUCCUGUUUCAGCAUGACAAUGCCCCCGUGCACAAAGCGAGGUCCAUACAGAAAUGGUUUGUUGAGGUCGGUGUGGAAGAACUUGACUGGCCUGCUCAGAGCCCUGACCUCAACCCCAUCGAACACCUUUGGGAUGAAUUGGAACGCCAACUGCGAGCCAGGCCUAAUCGCCCAACAUCAGUUCCCGACCUCAAUAAUGCUCUUGUGGCUGAAUUGAAGCAAGUCCCCGCAGCAAUGUUCCAACAUCUAGUGGAAAUUCUUCCCAGAAGAGUGGAGGCUGUUAUAGCAGCAAAGGGGGGACCAACUCCAUAUUAAUGCCCAUGAUUUUGGAAUAAGAUGUUCGGCGAGCAGGUGUCCACAUACUUUUGGUCAUGUAGUGUGUGUAUAUAGUGUAUAUAGUGUAUAUUUUUACUGUCAAACAUUCAUUGACACAUAAUUUAGCAGCCAGGUAAGUCAUUGGCUGUGUCCAAAAUCUGUGUUGCCUACUACUUACUAAAUGGCAUACUGUGUACAAAUCGUACUACAUUAGAAGAUACUGUUCAUUAAAAUCGAUUGCAGUAAGUAACAAAUAAACAUACUAGGCUCAUCCAUAUUGAGAAUGCAUCAUCUAAUGCGCAAUUGCGUUGAUUACCUCCAUUCGCUCAUUUUGGUACAGCGUGUAACCAUAUUUGAUUAUCAGCUGUUGUCAAACACACGUGGGUCUAGAAAGAGGAAUCUCUUCCUCAAUAGUGUGCAGUGAAUUUUACUAGAUGAAGAGCUGAAAUUAGUAUGACAUCCUGGCAUUUAAAGCAUACAACAUUUUCGACAUUUCACAUACUGUAAAACGUUCUAUUUUCGCAUAACCAAAAUGGCAACUAUUUUAAUAUGGGUAUUCGGACUAUUUAUAUUUAUAAAGGGUAAAUAAAUAAAAUACGACGAGCAUAAUACUUUGUCUGAUAGAAGUUAGAAAUGAAUGCACUUUGACAUAUGAUACUGUUCAUAGCUCUGAGUGAAUGCAGUUCUGAUCUCUGGUGUCUACAAAUGGAGCACCUGGGUUGUUGGCAUCGGUCUAAUGUCUUGAGUCUGUCUGCCUCCCAAAUGCCACCCUAUUCCCCUACAUACAGUAGUGCACGACAUUUGACCAGUGUCAGAAGUAGUGCACUAUGUAGGGAAUAGGUUGCCAGUUAGGACACAACCUCUGUCUGUAUAGAGUCAGGUCUUAUCUCUCUGUCAUUUCCCGCCCUCAGAUAGAGUCAGCAGAUGCCUGUUUGAUCCUAGCUAAUAAAUACUGUGCAGACCCUGAUGCUGAGGAUGCCUCCAACAUCAUGAGGUACAGAGACAAUUUAACCAGGCUGUGCUGUAAAACUGUAUAUUGGAAAUAUGAAAAUGUAUUCUGAUAUACAAAACUGAUUCAACUUUCUAUCACCUUGAUAAAUUACGCAAGUACAGUAUGCUUGAGAGCAUGUGAGAAUGUAUUCUGGAGAAAUGCAUUGAUAAUACAUACUGUACAUACCAAUGUCUACUCUCAAGUUCCCUAAGCAAGAAACCUGUGUUACUACUACUGUGUCCUAGAUUUGGUAGAUGGGUCUUACGUUGUUUCUUGUAACAAUAUUCCAGGGUGAUAUCCAUCAAGAACUACCACCCAAAGAUCAGAAUCAUUACCCAGAUGUUGCAGUACCACAACAAGGUGUGUACAGUACAAAACCUUCAGAGUGCUACUGAUUACACUGUGUCAUUGAACUCCAGCGGAGGCAGGCGAACAUGAGUUCUCUACUUGUAUAGUAAGGUUGCAAAAUUCGGGAAACUUUCCUAAAAUUCCCAAUAUUUCCAGAUUCCCGGAAUCAGAAUGGAUUAAGCAGGAAAUUCAGGUUCCUCCAACCUGGAUUUCAAUAAAACUUGGGAAUUUUGGGAAAUGUACAAGAAUUGUAUAACCCUAAUCUCACUGCAUCUUUCCUGCAUCUCCCCAGGCCCACCUUCUGAACAUUCCCAGUUGGAACUGGAAGGAGGGUGACGAUGCCAUUUGCCUUGCUGAGCUGAAGCUGGGCUUCAUAGCACAGAGCUGUCUGGCUCAGGGCCUCUCCACCAUGCUGGCCAACCUCUUCUCCAUGAGGUCCUUCAUCAAGGUACUUGUUAGGGAGAGCCAAAGAGACUGUAAUCGUUAGGUCGCUCGUUCAAAUCCGUCUCGAAGGACCAAGAAGAGGCAGAGAUAUUGAACUAACAUUAUUCCACUUUUCCACAGCCUUUAGUACAGUAAUGUUCACACUUUGUCUGACUGUAUUUGCAAUUUCAGAAAACUUGUCUUAUAUUUAAGAUAUACAGCGUAUAUUUAAUUACACUUGAAGUGUUACUUGAAAUAAAAUAUGUUCAUGAUAACAUACUGUACCUUUGCAAGACAUGUUUUAUCUGUUAUUGUUUCAGAUUGAAGAGGACACCUGGCAGAAGUAUUACCUGGAAGGAGUAGCCAAUGAAAUGUACACUGAGUACCUGUCUAGUGCCUUUGUGGGCCUAUCCUUCCCCACCAUUUGUGAGUAAGUAUGACCCUCUUUUCUGAAGGACCCUACUAUAUCAAGUAUAUUCUCUCUCCCCCCUCCAUCUUUAAAAAAAAUAGUAUUUCUCUCUCCAUCCCUCCCUCUCUCCUUCUCUCUCUCUACCUCUGUCUGUCUCUCUCUCUCUCGUCUCUCCUCUCUCGCUCCUACUCAUCCCUUUGAUUGUGUAAUAAUAUUGAUAUUUUAUUUAAUAUCAUAUUUGUUUUAUUUAAUAUAUAUAAUAUUUAUGUUUUUGAAUGCUCCUCUCUAGACUCUGCUAUGUGAAGCUAAAGCUGCUACUGAUUGCUAUCGAGUACAAGUCAGAUAUAAGGGAAAGCAGGUAAAGUUCACUCCUACUUGUGUAUUAAAAAUUGCCAAUCCUGAGUGGCGCAGUGGUCUAAGGCACUGCAUCGCAGUGCUAGCUGUGCCACUAGAGAUCCUGAUUCGAAUCCAGGCUCUGUCGCAGCCGGCCGCGACCGGGAGACUCAUGGGCGGCGCACAAUUGGCCUAGCGUUGUCCAGGGUAGGGGAGGGAAUGGCUGGCAGGGAUGUAGCUCAGUUGAUAGAGCAUGGUGUUUGCAACGCCAGGGUUGUGGGUUCGAUUCCCACGGGGGACCAGUAUGAAAAAAAUAAAAAAUACAAAAAAAUAUAUAUGUAUUCACUAACUGUAAGUCGCUCUGGAUAAGAGCGUCUGCUAAAUGACUAAAAUGUAAAUGUAAAUGUGAUGUUUGUCAGAAAUGUUAUUGUAAAAAUCAUGUUGAACCAAGUGGUAUGCAGCACAAUACAGGUUAUCAAUUUUAACAUUAACUCAAUAUCCAGACUGCCAUGACAAUACAGCUUUCCUGACUGUGAUCUAUUGUAAUGGAUUUCAACUUCAACUUCAUACACAGUACUCAUCACUAAUUGGCAUUUUUGAAACACUAUUGUUUACAGAAAGUUGACAAAGUUUGACAAAAGAAAGUGGUAUGCCCCCGACAUCCAUAUUCUUUAUUUUUACCUUCAAUACGUUUAGCCUUCGCCCACUUUGAGGAACAUACAACUCAAUAUUUCCUGUCAAUGUUUUGCCAGUGUACUUCCUGACUUUGUUGCAGGUGGUUUCAGGUCUCUUAUCACUGCUGGUGUGUACUGUACAGGCCAAUGUCAGCUUGAUUUACACUCUUUUAUCCCUUCAAAUGUCGUAUCUCAACGGUUCUUUUUUGUGUGAAUUUCCAGUGUUUCUGUCAUACGGUCACAGUUCACUGCUGUCUUUCAAACAGACCCAGAGUCAUCCAUGUCACAUUUGUUAUUCAGAUUUGUAUUCGUAUUUCUAGUUUGAUGUUUCCACCAUCCAAUUUCAGAUUACUGUUUAAUGUGUAUGCAGGUGUGAAAUUCUGCAAUUAACUCUUCUUUUAUUACAGCAUGACUUGUGUGUUUGGCCUAAUUAGUGUCACAGUCUCAAUGGAAAAUAAACAUCAAUGACUACUUUCCAUCUAAAAUCAUUAAAGACUGAAAACAUUGCCAUGUACCAUCUUAACCUAAUUACUGAGGAUUGAUGUGGCGUGGAUGUUCCUCUUAAAGAGCCAGUGCUUGUUUACUGCACCAUCAGGUUUAUACAAAUAGCCUGAUCGCCCCAAAUCUGUUUGUGCUGUUUGUACACAAACAGUUCUGGGGUGAACCGGCUAAUUAGUAUACAAGCAUCUUCCCAGCUGACAAAGCUGGUUGAAAUGGUGUCAUUACAACCCGUUUUGGCCACUGGGUUAGCUCUGAGGAUGCUCAUAUUGUCACUUCCAUUCUCUACAGGUGGAGGUUCUCUAUUCAGUACUUGGUACUGUUUAAUUCUCGUUGGGUAGCCAUUUUAUAAUACUGGUGACACCUGCAUUUGUUUUUAGUUCGAUUCCCAGGAACUACAGUACCUCACCAACCCUUGUUUGUCCGAAAGGUGUUCCUUGUGUACCAUUCCAUGUGAUUAGUGCAUUAGGAUGUUAAAUGUAACAGAAAGAUUCUCCUCAUUGACGACCAUGGAUAUUUGUUUGUAUUGACAACAGCACCCUCAUCAACCCUGGGAACCAUGUGAAGAUGCAGGAAGGCACCCUGGGUUUUUUUAUCGCCAGUGAUGCCAAAGAAGUAAAGAGGUAUGUAAAUGUUUAGAGUUUCAAGUUUUAAUGUCACAUGCACAAGUACAGUGAAAUGCCUUUCUUGCAAGCUCUAACCACAACAAUGCAGUAAUCGAUAACAAUGUAAUACUAAAAAUAACAAGGUAGAACAAAAACACGAGAUAUAGAAAUAAGAAGAACAUGAUGAAGUAAGUAAGUAUACUAUAUACAGGGUCAGUUCCAGGGUCAGUAGCUAUAUACAGGGUCAGUUCCUGGGUCAGUUCCAGUACCAUAUUUACAAUGUGCAGGGAUACUGGAUCGAUAGAGGUAGAUAUGUAUAGGGGUAAGGUGACUAGGCAUCAGGAUAUAAAUGUACUGUAAAUGUAGGUAACUGUACCUAAUUGCCUCUGUUAGAAGAGACAGAAAGCCUCCAAAUACAGUUUGACAUCAAACUACUAUAUGUUCAAUUACUUUUGGACUUACUGAUGAUUAAAUACUGAAAUAUGUGUGUGCUGUUUUCUUAGGGCACUUUUUUACUGCAAAGCUUGUCACGAUGACAUCACAGAUCCUAAAAGGAUAAAGAAAUGUGGAUGCAAACGA